AUGGCGCUAAAGGUGCAGCUGCUGUUGAGGGAGCUGGGAUCGAAGCUGGGGAGACCGCCGGCGUCGAAAGACGCUCUGGUUAAGCUCUUGAAGGUGAGAAACCGCCAUUUGGGCAUCUUGGACGAGCAUCCUGGGAAUGUGUUGACUUCAAUGCAGACGAUAAUGGAGGUUCUGUUAGAUGAAUGUGAAGAUGUACCAGAGAGUCUAUUGUUUAUUUUGUUGUCUAUUUUAGGCCGUGAUAAGGAGGAUGUAACUGUGGCUGCAAGGAAACUUGCAAUGAAUGUGAUAGAGAACUGUGCUUCAAAACUGGAACCUGGCAUAAAGCAAUUUCUUGUGUCAUCAAUGUCGGGGGAUAGCAGACCCCUUAAGCCUGAGAUUAGUUAUCACGCUGUUAUAUAUGAUAUCUACAAAUGCGCCCCUCAAAUCUUGUCUGGAGUUGUUCCGUAUCUCACCGGAGAGCUGCUGAGUGAUCAAGUGGAGGUUCGCCUGAAAGCAGUGAGAUUAGUUGGUGACCUCUUUGCUUUGCCUAAACCUUCUAUUUCUGAAGCAUUUGAGCCGGUCUUUUCGGAGUUUCUGAAAAGGCUGACUGAUAGAGUGGUCAAUGUUAGAAUGACCGUCCUUGACUACGUUAAAACUUGCCUUUUGGAGAAUCCUUUCAGAGGCGAAACUCAUCAAAUAAUCUCUGCUCUCUGUGACCGUUUGCUGGAUUAUGAUGAAAAUGUUCGUAAACAAGUUGUUGCUGUGGUUUGUGAUGUGGCAUGUCAUUCUCUCAAAUCCAUUCCUAUUGAAACCAUCAAGAUGAUCUCAGAACGCCUUCGUGAUAAAUCUGUUCUGGUUAAAAGGUAUACUAUGGAGAGGUUGGCUGACAUAUACCAAGUGUCUUGCAUUCAGCAUUCUAGUGAUUCGACAAGGGACGAUGAAUAUGAUUGGAUUGUGGGGAAGAUAUUGCGAUGCUUUUAUGACAAGGAUUUCAGAUUAGAUACAAUUGAACCUAUCCUAUCUCUGUCCUUGUUCCCAGCUGAAUUUUCUGUCAAAGAUAAGGUAGCUAGAUGGGUUAGGUUGUUCUCUGCAUUCGAUAAAGUUGAGGUUAAGGCUCUUGAGAAGAUAUUAGAGCAGAAGCAAAGGUUACAACAAGAGAUGCAGAAGUACCUCUCCGUCAGAGAGUUGUCUCAGGAAGGUGAUGACACUGAUAGAAGAAAGAAAGUAAUGUUUUCGUUCCGAGUCAUGUCUCGCUGCUUUAGUGAUCCUCCAAAGUCAGAGGAGAAUUUUCAGAUUCUUGACCAGUUAAAAGAUGCCAAAAUUUGGAGAAAUUUGACACACCUCAGUGACCCAAACACCAGCGCGCUUCAAGCCAGUAGUUUACGAGACGAUUUGCUAAAGAUCCUUGGUCAGAAGCAUCAACUCCAUGAGUUUCUGGGUGCAGUCUCUUUGAAGUGCUCUUAUAUGCUUUUUGACAAAGAUCAUGUCAGAGAGUUUCUUCUGGAAGCUCAUGUGCAGAAGUCCUCUGGAACCACCGAGUUAAUUUUGUCCUGCAUGGCUAUUCUUGUGAUUCUAGCACGAUUUUGUCCUCUGUUGCUUAGUGGAAUUGAAGAAGAUUUGGGCCAAUUACUUGAGGAUGACAAUGAAAUAAUUAAGGAGGGCACCUUGCAUAUUCUUGCUAGGGCUGGGGGAACUAUCAGAGACAAAUUGGGUGUCUCAUCAAGAUCAUUAGACCUUAUUCUGGAGCGCAUAAGCAUUGAAGGGAGCCGAAGGCAGGCUAAGUAUGCUGUUCAUGCCCUGGCAUCCAUCACAAAAGACGAUGGUCUUAAGUCACUCUCUGUCCUUUACAAGAGGCUAGUUGACAUGCUUGAAGAGAAAUCCCACUUGCCAGCUGUUUUACAAUCUCUCGGAUGCAUAGCACAAGCUGCUAUGCCAGUCUUUGAAACAAGAGAAACUGAGAUUCAGAUAUUCAUUAAGGAACACAUAUUGAAGCUGGGACAUAUAACCGAAGACAAGGCGGAUGCUUGUUGGGAUGAUAGAAGUGAACUUUGUUCUUUAAAGAUUUUUGGCCUUAAAGCAUUGGUCAAGAGCUAUUUACCUGUGAAAGAUGUGCACCUUCGGUCAGGAAUUGAUGAUGUCCUUAGUAUAAUCAAAAAUAUACUUCUCUUUGGUGAUAUCUCAAAAGAAGUUGAGUCGAGUUCAGUUGAUAAGGCACAUUUGAAACUAGCUGCAGCAAAAGCGGUCCUUCGCCUAUCAAAACACUGGGAGCAUAAGAUUCCUGUUGAUGUUCUUUACCUUGCAUUAAGAACUUCAGAGGACAACUUUCCUGAGGUAAAAAAAUUGCUUCUCAGCAAAGUUCAUCAAUAUGUGAAGGACCGAAUUUUAGACCCGAAGUAUGCAUUUGCCUUCUUGCUGGAUGUUUCAGCUUCACAGUCAGAUUUCAAAGAGAGUAAGCGCUAUCUGAAUGACACAAUCCAAAUGUGUCGGCAGGGGAAGGGACGCCAAACCUCUUUACAGGCUGAUGCUAUGAUGUCACCUUCCCUUUAUCCAGAACACAUUCUCCCAUAUGUGGUUCAUUCACUUGCUCAUCAUCCUUCUUUCCCUGAUAUUAAUGAAUGCAAAGAUGUCAAAUCAUAUGAACCCAUGUUCAGGAAGUUGUACUUGUUCCUAUCUAUGCUAUUGCAUGAAGAUGCAGAUGGCAAAUCUGAUGUUAGUAUUAGCAAGGACAAGGAGAGCCUUAAAUUGCUGUGUUCAAUUUUUCAAUCUAUCAGGCGCUCAGAAGAUGCUAUUGACCCGGCUAAGUCCAAGAAUUUGUAUGCCCUGUGUGACCUUGGUUUGCUAGUUAUUAAGAGGAUAGCUGCAAACCAAGAUGAACUUCAAGAUUUGGGUGUGCCUGUGGCCCUACCCCCUGUUCUUUUUAAACCUUUUGAGAAGAAAGAAGAAAACGACUCGAUGGGGAGUGAAGAGAAAACAAGGCAGGUGGAUGAGGUCAUCUUGUCCCACUUUGAAUCACUUGAACUUGAACCUACUGAAAUUGUUCAUCCCGUAGUUUCGGAGGACGAUAUCUUUAAGGACAGUGAAACAGAGGACAAUGAGAUGCCACUUGGGAAGUUGAUGCAAAUCCUAAAAGCCAAGGCUGCAAGGAUCAAGAAGGCAGCUAAGAAUGAGCCCCCACAAGAUGGUGUUUCGAAAGAAAACGAUUUUGAUAUCUUGAAAAUGGUCAAGGAAAUAAAUUCGGACAAUUUUGACUCAAGUGUCAAGCUCGAUUCUAGCAACGGUCUUGAUGAUGCUAGCAGAAAGAGAAGUCAGGCCGAGCUCCAUAAGAGUCAAAGGUUGAAUGGUGAGUCGAACGAUAUUCCCGUGCCCAAGCGUAAGAGAACAUCUUCUGCUAGUUCAAAGGGUUCUAGGAAGGCUACUAAUUUGAAUAAUGAGAAUGCUGAUGUGGACUUUGAAAAGAUGAAAGAGGAGCCUCAAACAGGUUCGGAGGAUCAACAUAUGGAAGAGAAAACUGAUGAACAACCAGAGUCAGAAAUGCUGUUUUCCCGUAUCAGAAAGAAACUCGGCUCUUCCUCUAAUAAGCAGAAAGGUAAACGAAUAUCUGAUAGAGAUCCUGUUGAGGCACUUGACAUCUCCUCAGAAGCUAAGAGGCCCAAGAAAGUCCCGGAUACUGAUAAUAGCCCACGUUCAAUCGUUGAUUCCAAGUUAGGAUCCAUGAAGAAGAAGCAGAAAUCAAAAGAUUUCGGUGGGUUGGGAAAGUGUACGACCAAUGAAAAUGGAACUUCUGCUGAAGACUUAAUUGGUCGCAGAAUAAAAGUUUGGUGGCCGAUGGAUAAGGAGUAUUAUGAAGGUGUUGUGAAGUCGUUCGAUACUGAGAAAAAGAAGCAUGUGAUAUUGUAUGAUGAUGGGGAUGUGGAAGUUCUUCGAUUAGAAAAGGAACGCUGGGAGCUUGUCGAUAACGAUCCAAAGGGAUCUGGUUCAUCAAAAGGCUUAUCUCGGAAUGGAGGGUCAUCCAGGAAAGGAAAUAAUUCAAGCCGAACCCCAAAACAAGAAGAAAAUUUUGAAACAUCUCUGACUUCUCAAGUACGAGGAAAGAGAACUCCACGAAAAAAUCCGUUCAAGAAGCCAACAAUCCCAGAUAUUGCCCCCCCUGAAUCUGAUCCCAUUUCGCCUUCUGCUGAUUCAGUCUCAGAGAAGGAAGAGGAGGAAAGAGUAGAGAAGUCUAUGGAGCUAUCGGACAAGGAAGAAACUCCUACUACUGACGUGGAGUACUUAUACUAUGAACAAGAAUUGGAUGAAGCUAAUGCAUCAUCAUCAUCUAAUAAUGAGAACAAUGAAUAUUCUGAAUGGAGUGAUGAGGCGGACAGCUCGGAAAAGCCCGGCGAAAAGCCCGGCAAGGACUUGAGUUCUGAUACUGUCGAUGCAGAGUUUUCAGAUGAUGAGACUCUGAGUGCAUGGAAGCAACGUUCUGGAAAAAAGCACGGGAAGUAG